CCCCACUCUCUCGCCACUGGGGAAGUGAGUUUACGUCAUGUCCGGAGACGUUCUAUCACGUGACCAACGUAUAAUCCGUGUAAGAUGGCGGCGCCCGUCUCUCUGCCCCUGUUGCCGUUGGUGACUGAGAAGGGGCUGACAAAAGUGAGCCACAAAAAGUACAAAGCGCUUCUGAAGAAAGAAAAGCGAAAGAAAAAGAGACAAGCACUAGCAAGAUUGAGAGAUGCAGCAGAUAAAGAUGAACAGGUUUCUGAAGAAGAAGAGCUGGAUGAAGAAGAAAAACAACUUGAAGAAGAAAGGCAAAGGCUUCAUGAGGAGUGGUUGCUGAGAGAAGAAAAGGCUCAAGUAGCAUUUAGAAUCAAAAAGGAAAAAGAAGACGCAGCAAGAAAGCGUCAGGAAGAGGAAGAGCAAAAAAUUAAAGAAGAAUGGGAAGAGCAGCAGAGAAAAGAACAGGAGGAGGAGGAACGAAAACAACAAGUGAAGAGAGACAGAGAGGAGGCUGUGCAGAAGAUGUUGGACCAGGCUGAAAGUCAGCUAGAAAAUGGAACUACCUGGCACAAUCCAGAGCCCCCCGAGAACAUAGGAACAGAGAAGGAUCGUGCAAAUUGUCCAUUCUAUAUUAAAACUGGAGCGUGCAGAUUUGGGGACAGAUGUUCUCGGAAGCAUAACUAUCCAAGCUCUAGUCAAACACUCCUCAUCAGGGGUAUGUUUGUUACUUUUGGGAUGGAGCAGUGUAAAAGAGAUGACUAUGACACAGAUGCAAGCCUGGAGUACAGUGAAGAAGAAAUCUACCAGCAGUUCCUAGACUUCUAUGAAGAUGUACUUCCCGAAUUCAAGAAUGUAGGAAAGGUGGUUCAGUUCAAGGUCAGCUGCAACUUUGAACCUCACCUUCGUGGAAAUGUAUAUGUUCAGUACCAAUCAGAACAAGAAUGUCAGGAGGCUCUUGCUUUAUUCAACGGAAGGUGGUAUGCAGGACGGCAGCUUCAGUGUGAAUUCUGCCCAGUAACAAGGUGGAAAACAGCUAUUUGUGGUUUGUUUGAAAGACAAAAGUGUCCAAGAGGGAAGCACUGCAACUUUCUUCAUGUGUUCAGAAAUCCAAACAAUGAGUUCUGGGAAGCCAACAGAGAUAUUCAUAUUUCCCCUGAAUGGACUAAACAGGCAAGUAAAAACUCUGAAAGGAGAAGUAGAUUAGGGUACUAUGAAGAGCAUUACAGCAGGUCAAGAAGAAGAAGUAACUCCAGUCCUGAUCAUGCUUACAACAAAAGGAAUGGAGAGUCUGAGAGGAAAAAGAGUCAUCACAAGCAUAAGAAAAGGCACUUUCCUGAGAGGUCAGGAAGCCGUGGAAGGCGACGGUCACACAGCAAGAAAAAGAGAGGGCGGAGUCGCAACAGGAGCUCAACAUGUAGCCAUAGCAGGAGUUCUUCUCGAUCCAGGAGUCGGGGCAGAAACCGGUCCAGAAGCAGAGGAAGAAAUAGUUGAACUGCUGGUGAAUGACUCUUCAAGAUGCUUGUGCAUAAUAAAAACUAGUGCUACCAGAGCUAUUGCAUACUAGAGGACCCUAUGGUGCACCCUAUGGUGCACCACUCCAAAAAUGGAGUUGAGGCCAAUGUGUAUCUUAAUUCUUUGUAAUUUAUACAAAUAUGAAUACAUCUCCCACAUCUGCAGAACCCAUCUGCCUAUUUCUACUGCUAUGGAAGUCUGGUGUCCUUUAUAAAUCCUUGCAUCAUUCUAAUGUACAGUGUUCUGUUACCAGUUAAAUAUCAUUGAUCUCAAGUUCCAGUAACCUCCCAUUUAGAGAUUUGUGAAUAAAUCUUAACAUGUGCAUUUCGUCUUUGAUACUGAGUUAUGUUUUGGUCAGGUAAGCUGUGCCAUAUAGCAAAUUAUGCAUGUAAAAGCUGCGUGACUUGUAAGGGUUGAGUGGUUUUAUUAUUAAAGUACAGAGCUGCCUUCUUAAUAAACACUUAAUUGGAAAGACAGUGCAUCAUUUUAACUACGAUGAAAUUGCAUUGUUUGAAUAAUAGAACCAAACUAAAAAAUAGAAAAAGUGAGUUCCCUACUUUGUGGCGUGCGAAGGCUACUUGAGGUGCCCACUUGACUCAAGUGCUGGCCUUAGCUCAUGCCUUCUUUAGCUGGGAGAAGAUCCUGCAGUCUGCUUAAGGAUCUUGUCCUGCACAGCUCAUCUUUGAUAAGUGGUCUAAAAAAAAUGGCUUGGUGUACAGAUACCUUUUCUCAGGAAUAUUGAACUGUUGUAAAAAGAAACCCAUUUUUAAUGUAACAUUAGGCUUGUGUUAUGUGUUAAGACAGGCUUCCCCAAACUGCGGCCCUCCAGAUGUUGCUGAACUACAACUCCCAGCAUCCCGAGCCACAAUUUAUUGUGGCUGGGUAUGCUGGGGGUUGUAGUUCGGCAACAUCUGGAGGGCCGUAGUUUGGGGACACCUGUGUUAAGAGGAAGCAUCCUUGGUGGAAUGUAUGCACUUUGCUCUUAAGUUACAUAGUGGCACUGAUCAUGUAUUUGUACAUAGGACAAACUUGUUUUAUGAUUUCUGUAACGAGGAUGUGCCCUACUUUUAGUGAGCCAUUAGACAUACGUACUAGAAAUGUUGUGUGAUGGGAUAGGUGAGAAUUGGGUUAUGUCCAAAAACAAGAUUACAAAAAGCAUUUCUUAAAGUGACAUAGCAAAUGUUAUAGCUACUUAAGUCUCUUAGAUAUUUGGAAUAGACAACUGUGGUGGUACUGUUUGUUCUAUGUGAUUGAUUUGUUAUGCUGGACUCCUAAUUGCAAUCCUCUGUUGGAAAGUAAUAGUUCUUUGGGCAAUUUUGCUCAUUUUUGGAUUACCUACUCCAGCCAUAUGUAGCUGUUGCUAAUUACUUUCAUUCCUGCAGAAAUAGAAAACAAGAUGUAGCUGGACCUUACCCUUUUUAACUUGGUCUUCACAUCCAGUGUCAGUCACUCAGGCUGCAGUGUUGAAGAAAAGCAUUAUUUCUCAGGUGCUUCAGUGGGGAAAGUAUGAUUACCAUAACCAAUCAAAAGUGCUUUUAAUUGCUUUUCAUGCCAUGAUUUAGCAAAGGUAGAAAAUCCCAUGCUUUCUCAACUCUGGCAUCCUGUACUCCCUUCAGGGCUAUAUAUCUGGUACAAUUCCCAAGGGCACAUUUUACAUCUUUGGUCUGUCUGCUCUUAAGUUCCAACACAAAUAUGUGUGAAUACAUACUUGCUGAAUGACAUUUCAGAAGUCAGAACUGCUGAGCAUUUGUAGCAGUUAGGCACAGCACUUGAGUGCCCACAUAACCCUUUGCUCCUAUCAAUGCCUAAAGCAUACAUGCCAUAAAUAACCUUUUUUUUUUUUUUUGGUAUAGAAUAUGGAUUGUCUUGGCAUAUAAUUUUAAAUGCAGAAUACACAGCUUUACCUCUAAAGAAGUAGUUUUAUUUUCUAAGCCAAACUUAAGUCUAAGGUUUGAUUUAGAUUCCCACUGUCCAGAUAGUGUCAAGUUGCCUGCAUACUUCACAAGGAACACCAGAGUCCUCCACAGAGAUGUUAUGGCUUUCAAUAUGAGGACUGAAAGGAAAGAGGUUACUAGCAAUGUGCUAUUGUGCACCAGAUCAAAACACAGCGGGACCUGGAGUUGGAGAAGUAAAUCAUGUCCGCAUCAAAGAGAGACAGAAUGGUAACCCCUGCUAACUGGGCAAAGAGGCACCUUUUAACGUGGUGAUUCUCUUUCUUUAGCAGAGGGAGAGUAACUGGCCCUAUCCAUCCCCAGCACAGUACCUCCAGUGACUGUUGCUGGUGAUUUAUGUUUCUUUUUAGAUUGUGAGCCCUUCGGGGAUAGGGAACCAUCUCAUUUAUUUAUUUAUUAUUUCUCUAUGUAAACUGCCCUGAGCCAUUUUUGGAAGGGUGGUGUAGAAAUUGAAUUUAUUAUUAUUAUUAUUAUUAUUAUUAUUAUUAUUAUGUAUUAAUGGGUGGCUUCAAUUACCCUAGCAUAGACUGGGCAAAUUCAUGUGUGUGUGUUGACAGUGGCCAGAUUUGUAGACAUGUUAAAUGACUGUGCUUUAGAAUGGUUGGGGAACCAACCAAAGGGAAAGUGACCUUGGACUUCAGCCUGAGUGGUGCCCAGGACCUGGUGCGAGAUGUCAAGAGUUGUAGAAUCAUUGUGGAACAGUGACCACAGUGAGAUCUAAUUCAGCUUAUAGGUGAAUAAACACUGCCAAGGAAAUUUA